AUGUUGUAUUAUCUCUUAACAGGAGGAGGAUGGAGCCUUCCUCCAGACAGCCGCUACGUGACCCUGACAGGCACCAUCACCCGAGGGAAGAAGAAGGGUCAGGUGGUGGACAUUCACCUCACUUUGACAGAGAAGGAACUCAGGGAUCUGGCCAAGUCGAAGGAGCGUCUUGACGCAGAGUGCGACGGGGAAGGCUAUAAACGCAACUGCAGCUUAGGCAUGUGCCAGGGACCCCAUGUUGUCCUGUGGAGCCUCUCCUGCGCUCCCGUGAUUUUCCUCCUCUCCUUCAUCACUUCCUUCUACUACGGCACCCUCACCUGGUACAACGUCUUCCUGGUGUACAAUGAGGAGCGGACGUUCUGGCACAAGAUUACAAUAUGCCCCUUCCUCAUCAUCUUCUACCCCAUGCUCAUCAUGCCCAUGGCGCUGUCCCUGGCUCUGUACUCCGCCGUGGUGCAGGUGUCCUGGGCCUUCAGCGAGUGGUGGCAGGAUGUGAGGGACCUGGAGAAAGGCUUCUGCGGAUGGGCCUGUGGGAAGCUGGGACUGGAGGACUGCUCCCCCUAUAGCAUAGUAGAGCUGCUUGACUCUGAUACUGUCUCUGGUACUCUGCACAGCAAGGCCCCCAGUGAACUCGCCCAGACGUCAUCAGUGUGAAGUGGGGGGGACGCUGAGGUCCAAGUCACAUGUUGGUGUCGGCCUAAGUUGAAGUAAUGUGACAAACAUGUGCCAGAAUGUUCAAGUCUGUCACAGGAAAGUACUUGAAAGCUGUUUCUCUAUACUUUUAUGUAAAUGGCAACUUAUCAAACACUGCCUGAAUUGUCCUGAAAUGCUGAAAUUUUGUAAAUCAUUAUUGGAUCCAGAUCAUUAUUGCUCUGAGCAUGGGAGUGUUAAUGUUGGGUAUUUUUUUUUACUUUUAGGUUGUUAUUGUCAUUAGAGUUAUCAUCCAAUCACCAAAUCCUCAUAACCUUUUGAUACAUGUAGGCCUUGGUGCAUCUUGUUGUAAAAUAAGCUGGCGAUGGACACUGAUACACACGCUGUUGGAGGCCUGAAAGUCAAACCAAGUUUCACUUCAUCUGUAAAUAUCUGUAAUUAUAUGUAUGUGGUCACUGAGAUCAAAAACAGGAUGCAUUUCAAGUCAUCAUAAUCACUCUGUGAAGUUGUAUUUGAAGUAAGGCUGGAUUACUAUUGAAAAAAGUGCUCCAAGGGCUCCAGAUGUGUUGAUUACUUUGUGGAAAUUUGAUUAGUUACUGAUUUGAUUGUGAAUACGCACCAUUGAGCACAAUAUUGACAGAAACAAUAAGCACCUUUUAGAUGGGUAAUGUCUUGUGAAGGAGUUCUGUGUCAGCAUCUAAAGAAGUUUGUAAAGGAUAAGGAUGACGUUACUUUAUAGAGUUGGAAAUAACUUUUUUGUCCACCUUCCAGAUAGAUAGAUAGAUAGAUUACCAUUGUUUUUAUUGGCUGGUGACUGAAGCAAAUCGAGCAGCCACUUGCAUAUUUUACCAUUAUUUGGCUGGUGGCUAAUGCUAAUUUCCAACCCUGUAUUUUUCCUAUUGUAAAACAAAUCAACAGUGUGGCUCAUUGAUGUGUUUUUUUUUUGUUUUUUUUGAGAACAAUGGAAGUGUGAGGAGUGAGGAAUACAUCCGGCUUUGGAUACACAGGAAAUACUUGUUAGAGGGAUUC